CUGGGGAAACCGGAUAUAGUGAAUGCGGGGUCCGGGGGGAGAGCGGAUAUAGUGAAUGCAGGGUCCGGGAGACUGGAUAUAGUGAAAUGUAGGGUCUGGGGAAACCGGAUAUAGUGAAUGCGGGGUCCAGGGAGAGCGGAUAUAGUGAAUGCAGGGUCCAGGGAGAGCGGAUAUAGUGAAUGCAGGGUCCGGGGAGAGCGGAUAUAGUGAAUGCUCGGGGUCCGGGGAGAGCGGAUAUAGUGAAUGCAGGGGUCCGGGGAGAGCGGAUAUAGUGAAUGCGGGGUCCGGGGAAGCGGAUAUAGUGAAUGCGGGGUCCGGGGAGACCGAAUAUAGUGAAUGCGGGGUCCGGGGAGAGCGGGAUAUAGUGAAUGCGGGGUCCGGGGACAGCGGAUAUAGUGAAUGCGGGGUCCAGGGAGAGCGGAUAUAGUGAAUGCGGGGGUCCGGGGAGACUGGAUAUAGUGAAUGCAGGGUCGGGGGAGAGAGGAUAUAGUGAAUGCAGGGUCCAGGGGAGAGCGGAUAUAGUGAAUGCAGGGUCUGGGGAGAGCGGAUAUAGUGAAUGCAGGGUCCGGGG